AUGCGUGUGAACAAAUUCAAUCACCAUUAUGCUGGUAUCGACGAGAUUAGUGCGAAGGGCCACACAGGACAGCCGGUGAGUGCCGGCCGCGUAGCGUCGCGUUCGCCGCGCGUGGAACACGAAAUACCGGUCCGGGCCGCGACCAAUAAUGGGACGGCACCGCGCGCGGGCAUGCGGCGGUACGCCCUCCAUUUACAUCUCGGCGAGAUAGUAAAUUUGCAUCUAGGAGCGGCGGCCCGCGGCGGGUACCUGCCGCCUUUAUCGGGGGCAUCGGUGCCUCCCGCGCGGAUGACGCCGAAGGGUUGCCGGUGUCGCCGCGCAGUAAAUGUUAUUUAUGGGCCCGGGCCGCCCGAUUACUGCCGCGGGCCCGCUCCUCGCCGCCUCAUUUGCAUGGAAAUUUAUAGGCGAGCAGUUGCGAGCCGUUUUCAACGUCCCGACGCGCUGGUGCCGAGUACCGCCAGGACAGAAUUCAUUACACAUUCUAUGCGGAGACGUCAAGCUGUCAGCAGCGUCGCGAGCUCGCAGAUUCCGAAUUCAAUUUGGCCAAAGGGUUGCCAGCUACGCGGAACGAGAAAAAAACUCAGGGCGAGAGUCGGGGGAGAGGGUGUAAGUCUCAAAGACAUGUCUGGGGGCGGCGAUGUGUCAAGUCGCGUGCGUUUCUCGCUGCGCGGGGGUAAU